GUGGUGAGGGUGUUGUAAGCGACCAUAUAGUGCGUCAUACUAGCAUCCACCGCUGUCCAGCUCCCUCAAGCUGCCUCAAACUCACACAUCUAGCCCCAAAUUCCCUCAAUAUAUUAGCCUUCUUAACCUAUUGUCGUGUAAAUUUGUAUAUGCGAGUUUGUCCUGUUACCAGAAGAAUUACACUUACAGUGCCAACACAGUCCUGUAAUGCUAAUCUUGACCUUUCACCUGAAGAAAUUCACUUGCAGUGUCAGCAUCCCAGUAAGACGGAUUUUAUACAGGACAGAAAACCACAUCAGUGUUUGACUAAAUUUCUUGUAGAAUAAUGAAAACUAUUAUAGUAUAAUGAGAGCUCAUAAAGAUUAGAACCAAUUUUGAAGUACAGUAUGUUUCAAAGGCUGUUCUGAAAAAUCUAAUUUAUGGUAAUACAUGAAAAUUCAUAGAGAACAGAAACCAUUUCAUAUGUUUAACAGUGUUUAAAAUUUUCUCAAAUUUUAAGAAAAAAGUCAAUUAGUACAAAAUGAGUGCUGAAACAGAAGAGAAACCAUAUCAAUGUUCAGUGUGUCAAAAAGAUUUUUCUACUAUAUCUAGCCUAGAAAAACAUACGAGUUCUCACACUCAAGAGAAUUUAGGGUGGUCAGAGGAUCAAGAAGACUUUGAAAUGAAAUAUAAUCCAGAAAAUAAUGAGAGUUAUAAUACUGAAGAAAAGUCAUUUAAGUGGUCAGAGGAUCAAGAAUAUUUAUCCUUAAAAUCUAAUCUAGAAAAACAUUUGAGUUCUCUUACAGAAGAGAAGCAGUUUAAAUGGUCUGAGGCUCAAGAAGACUUAAAUGUGAAAUACAAUGAGAGUUCUCCCUCAAAAGAGAAGCCAUUCAAAUGUUCAGUUGAUAAAGAAGAUUUCUCUAAAAAUUCUAAUCUAGAAAAUCAUUCUAGUUUCAAUGCAGAAGAUGGAUCAUUUAAGUGUUCAGAGGGUCAAGAAGACUUCCACGAAAAGUUAGAGGGACAACAAGUCUUUAAAGAAAAAUCAAAGAUUGUGAGACUCAUGAAAGCGCAUACAGAAGAAAAGCCACAUCAGUGUUGUGUUUGUAAAAAGAAAUUUUCUAAAACAGCUGCUCUAGUAAAACAUAUGAUUGAGCAUACAGGAGACAGAUCAUCACACCUGUUUUCAAAACCUCAAAAUAACUAUCUAGGAAAAGUAACAAUAGAAAACUUGACAAAAUCUCAAACAGAAGUUGUCCGAAAUCAGUGUCAGCUGUGUUUUAAAGCCUUUGCAAAACACUCAAAAUUAGUGAGGCAUAUGAGAGUUCAUACAAGGGAGAAGCCAUUUCGAUGUUCAGUUUGUCAAAGAGAUUUUUCAGAAAAAUCAACACUAGUAAGUCAUAUGAGAGCGCAUACCGGAGAGAAACCAUAUCAGUGUUCAGAGUGCUUAAAAGACUUUUCUCAUAAAUCUAGUCUAGUAAAACAUAUGAGACUUCACACAGGAGAGAAACCAUAUCAGUGUCCAAUGUGCCCUAAAGACUUCACUCAGAAAUCUACGCUAGUGACACAUGUCAGGUCUCAUACUGGAGAGAAACCAUAUACAUGUUCAGUAUGUCUAAAAGGUUUUACUCUGAAAUCAACACUAGUAAAACAUAUGAGAUGUCAUACAGGUGAGAAACCAUAUCAGUGUUCAGAAUGUUUGGAAGACUUUUCACAAAAGGCAAAACUAGAGCGACAUAUCAGGAAUCAUACAGGAGAGAAACCACAUCAGUGUUCAGAAUGUCUAAAACUCUUUACAGAAAAAUCAUCACUCUUAAGACAUUUGAGAAUUCAUACAGGAGAGGAAUCUUGCUCAAGUCUCUCAGAGACUGAAGAUGGGACACUAAUCCGAAGUGUCACACCUGAGGUCUUGCUUGAUCAACCAUCUGAGAACCUAUCUGAGGAUCGACUUGAGGACCUACCUGAAGAACUGCCAGAGGGCCCACAUGAGAACCCAUCAGAGGACCCACUCAGUCAGUUUGAAGAUGUACCCGAGAACUCUCCUGAGGACUCGUCAGAAGAUCCAUCCUUGGUUCAUCUGGUCAUAAGAGCACUUAUUGACAAUGCUGUAAAUAUGUAGUUUAAAUAUUUACAGUGCAUGGAAAAAUGACUGGAUAUCAUUUCCGUACAGUAUCAAUUUAUAAUUGUUACACAAAAGUGACCCAUACUUAAGGCAGGCACCCAGUCUUUAUGUAGUGCACACUGCAGUAAGCCUCUCCACUAUUUUCCAAGUAUGCUGUUGCCUAGCAGGGUCCUUAAUGGAGCUAUGAGGUAUAGAUUUAAGGACCCUGUAACAAAAAAUGGCAAGCUUUAAUUAAUGCUGCUACUGUCAGUAAUGUUGCACGGGGAGAGAAUGUCCACUAUGACUAGGUUGGAAAUCAAGAGCAGAAUAUAGCUACAGUGAGUUACAUAAUGACUUAACCCAUGAGGGUGAAUUGUCAUUGACAGGUAGUUAUUCAUACUUAAAUAUGAUUGCUUUAGAUGCAGUUGAAAGUGAUUCAUUGAAGAUAAAAGUUUCAAAAAGAAGCUGGACAGCUUCAAGUGCCACAUGAGCUGGGUCAUGAUUGCUGUGGGCCUGUGGGUUGCUAGGUCAGCAGGGAAAUCUGAGCUUAGGCCAGCUGAAGGAGUAGAAAAGCCCUCAAAACUGGUUACAGGUCCCUGUCUGGGAAGGAGAGACUGGAGGUGGUAGACCUGACUAACAAAGACAUGAACAAUUACAUGAUGGUAGGUAGGCAAGGAUUAAAUGAAUGACCACUGUACCAAGACAGUGAAAUAUGCACAUACAGUACUAAGCAGGAUAGCAUAGUCCUCCAGAUAACCAAAGUGCUGCAAAGGGAGUGCCAGGAAACUACAACAUAGGUACAGAUUGGUUUACAAGUCCCAGAGUAGUCUUUUCUACUAACAAUUAUAAAGAGCUUGAAGUACUGAAAAUCAUACUGCCUUCCAUGAUAUAAGGUAUUUGCAAAUAAAUAUAGAAUAUAACUUAUCUACUGAAUACUGUAAUUGCAAAGAAGUUGAGACAGAAAGGCAGAUGGUCUAAUGUUGUGAUCAUCAAAGACUUAAAUCAUGCUGAUAUAGACGGAAGAUGAUGAUUGUUUUGUGACCUGUUAAUAUAAUGCAGCCUAAGCAUUGUGCAUGAUGAUAACCCUGCAUUUAACCCAAAUAGGGAUAAUGGAAAUUAAGGUUAGAACUUAAAAUGGUCAAGGCCUAAGUAGAUUAUAUAGUAAAUCACAGUUACUCUUGGUUAUAUGUAUAAGGAAGUCCAUAGCUUGAAGGAUCUUCUCUCUUAAGUUUUCUUUCAUCUCUACAUCAGCUAUAAGUGUAACUCAGUUAAUUAAGGGAAAUCCCUAUGAAGGUCUUUCAUUUGUGUAACAUAAGAGCCUGAGUAGAUAUGUAAUAUAUCUAGAUUUUUAUGGUUAAUUUCAUAUAAAGACCAUCUCAGGUGAAAUGUUAAUAUAUAGAAUAUUUUAUCCUACCUACUGGAAGUUAAAGAUCAGAUAUGUUAAAAAAUCUUCUCCAUCAGUAAUGAAAGUUAAUUUAUUCAUAGAUUUCAAUACUUUCCGUAUAUUUUGUGACUUAACAUGUGUGAUAUGUAUAGAUAUUAGAAAUGCACUGGAAAAAAAUAAAAAAAUAACAAGGCAGUUGAGUAUUUAGGAUUUGCCUCCAGAAGCAUUAUACAGUGGUUCAUAUUUACUUGUGGUUAUUGUUACUUUUAUAUUAGUAAUAUGUCUCGACAAAAUCUGAAAACUACAGGUGCUUAAGAAUUGCUACAUUAUCAAGUCACUGAAAUUAGAUGCUCAUAGAGCUCAAGGUUUCUCACAGGCUACAAAUUAUCAAUUCAGAUUAAAAAUCUUGGUAACAGUAAGCUCUCGAUUUAAAGGACUAUGUUAACCCUUUCAGGGUCCAUGCCGUAGAUCUAUGGCUUUACGUUGAGAGUCCAAACCGUAGAUCUAUGCCAUGAGCUCAGCUCACACUGAUAAGCUGUGAGUGGUAAAUUUGGGCCUAGAUGUGAGAGAAUACAUCUGUGUGGUUUGUGUGCACCACAUAAAACAAAUCCUGCAGCACACAGUGCAUAAUGAGAAAAAAAACUGAGACCGUAAUUUUCGAUUAAAACAACUUUGCAGUGUUUUUUCACAUGUUUUUUAUAGUUGUAUUUGCGAUUUCUUGGUCUCAUUUGAUAGAAUAGAAGAUAUAUUACAGAAAUAGAGAUGAUUUUGAUUGGUUUUAGUACUGAAAAUGGCUUGAAACUGAGCUCAAAAUAGCGGAAAUGUUAAAUUUUUGCCAAUGUUCAAGAGUAAAAUAACCUCACACGUCUAAUACAUGCCAGCUGGUGGGUCUAAUAUACAUUCACAAAUGUGGUGAUAUUAUUUAUACAAUUAUUACACUAUUGCAUAACAGUAAAUCUUCUAUUUUUGGUUUGAAUAAAAAUUCAUUGUGAAUAAAAAAUCAAAAUGGAAUUCAUUUGUAAAGCCUUAAAACAUAACUAAAGAACAGAGGAAAUGUUAGUUUAGUGCCAGGAAUGCCUGCAUUGUUUAUUCUGGACCCUAUUUUGAAAUUUGAAUAUUUUGAACUUUGCAUUAAAUUGGCCAAAUUACCAAUUUCCAAUCACUUUAUUUUUGUAGUUGAAACAGUUGACAUGGCGAUUUCUUGUGCUCAGUCGAUAGAAAAGAAGUAAUACUAGUGAAAUAGCUAAGAAUUUGGUAGACUGGAAUAAUGUAAUUGGCCUAAAAUGGGAGUCAAAGUUGGCAAAAUCGCCGAUGCGUAAAUAUUGCUGACACAUCAAAAUUUGCGAGAGCAUAAUUUUGUAAAUUUUCCAUCAAAUUUUGUACUUUUUGUUUUAUUACCUUCAGGAAAAGAUUCUCUACCAUUUCAUAAGAAAAAAUAACAAAAUUAUUUUUUGAAAAUUCUUGGACCUGGUGCACACUUGGAAAUUUGGCCUCUGGACCCUGAAUGGGUUAACCCUUUGACUGUCACGGCCGUAUAUAUACGUCUUACGAGGUACCGUGUUUGACGUAUAUAUACUCAUAAAUUAUAGCGGCUUCAAAUCAAGCAGGAGAAAGCUGGUAGGCCCACAUGUGAGAGAAUGGGUCUGUGUGGUCAGUGUGCACCAUAUAAAACAAAUGAGAAAAAAAAACUGACCGUUUUUUUUUAAUUAAAAUGCCGACUUUGUGGUCUAUUUUCGUUUAGUAUUUAUGGUUGUAUUCUCGUUUUCUUGGUCUCAUUUGAUAGAAUGGAAAACAUAUUAUAGAAAUAGAGGUGAUUUUGAUUGAUUUUACUAUAAAAAGAACCUGGAAUGGAGCUCAAAGUAGGGGAAAUGUUUGAUUUUUGCCAAUGUUCAAAAGUAAACAAAUGAUGUCAUUGUCCAAUAAAUGUCCAACUAGCCAUUCUAAUAUGCAGUCAUGAAUGGGUUGAUGUUAUUUAUGCAAUUAUUACAGUAUUGCAGUAGUCUGCAUAAUAGUAAGUCUUCUAUUUUUUGUUUGAAUAAAAAUUCGAAAUAGAAAGCAAGAGUAAUAUCAGAGGGGCCUGGAGACAUGACUGAUGAACAAAGAAAAUGUUAAUUUAGAGCCAGGAAUGUCUGCAUUGUUCAUUCUGGACCUUAUUUUGAAAUUGUCAUAUUUUUUUAUUUUCAUGAAAUUGGCCAAAUUGCAAAUUUCUGACCACAUUAUUGGAUAGUUGAAAUCGGUAAAUGGGCAGUUUCUUGUACUCAAUCGAUAGAAAAAAUGGAGUUCUAAAGAAAUAGCUAUGAGUUUGGUCGACUGGAACAAUGCAAUUAGCCGAAAAUAGGGCUCAAAGUGGGUGAAAUUGCCGAUUUGUAAAUAUCGCUGAGGUCGCUAACUUCGCGAGAGCAUAAUUCCGUCAGUUUUCCGUCAAAUUUAGUUUUUUUGGUGUCGUUACAAUCGGGAAAAGAUUCUCUAUCAUUUCAUAAGAAAAAAUAAUUUUUUUUUUUUUUUUAAAUUUUGCGACACCAGGAGACACCUCAGGAUUGGGGGUUGCGACAGUCAAGGGGUUAAUGGUCUUUUGAAAUAUGGGGCAAAAUUCGAUGGGUCAUUUUAUUCAGAAAAAUGGAUAGUUUGUUGAUUAUUGAAUUAUUCAUUAUUGUAAUAAUCAAGGCAAUACAAUCUCAUCUCAUCCACUAUAAUUGCCAUUCUUGGCCACCCACUCUAUUCCCUGUUAGUCUGCUAAACUGAGGGUUUACUGAUUGUUACUCAAAUGAUUAUAGGCAAACUAGUACAUAUUUGUUAUUGAAAUUUCUUCCAUUGAUGUUAAGAAGGUAUUUCACAAAGAUUGGCUGGAAAUUGUUUGCCAAGUUGAAAAAUAGGAAUGGUAUGGAUCCACAUUGCCAACCUUGCUGUAGAAUGUAUACUCAAGAAAUAAUCACAUCGUCUGUUUGGAUGUCAAGGAGGCCUGCUCUUAACAUAUCUUUAUAAUAUGUGUACAGUGCUAAUGAAAUAGAUGACAUUCUAAAUAGGGUAAAAAGUGUAAUUGAUAUUAAGGAGCUGUUCAGUAGGACUAAGUGAAAAAAAAAAUGGGUAAAUUAAACACUAUGAAGCAUAGAGAAUGUGAUUUACAGACAUUGUAGCAAAAUUAUUGUAAACAAUGUUCUCUCCUGUUUGGUAUUUUAUUUACAUACAGAAUUUAGACACUACUGUUAAUGCUUCUAUACUGAUGACACUGUACUGUUAAAAAGUAAUUUCUGGUACAUAAAAUCUACUAAACACAAUGAUGUAACUUAGUCAUCAAAUUAGUUCACAUUAUUUGUAGCAAGAGAAAGGAUCAUAUAUUAAACUGCAAAAAUAUAUUUACAGUACAUGUGUAAAACUUAAGCUUUCUUGAAGCAACUGCUACUCAAUUUAUCAUAAUGCACAGUGGGCAAAUUACCACUUACGUAUUGUCCUUCAGCAAACUGAAGGGGACUGUCAUUAUGACAUACCUAAGUGGCUACUUAAUGUACCAGAGGGCACAAGCUCCUUGAUUUUCAUUGUCAGUGUUCAAUGCUUAGAUGUGCUGAGGAGACACUGGGCAUGCAGCUAAUACAAAGGAUAGCAUCCUACAACCAUGCCUUCAUUGUCAGAGAAUAACCUACAUGUGCCCUGUUUCUGUUCUCCAGAAGUCAUUAUCUGUGCUGCACAUUUCUCUUGCUUAUGUAUAUUCUGCUGCAUCAGAUUAUAUUUGUUUCUAUCAGUACAGUAUUAAUGUAGGAUAUAUUUAUAUACAUAUAUUUUUUAACACGUCAGCUGUUUCCCACUGAGGCAGGGUGACCCCAGAAUGAAAGAAAAAUUUUUAUAGUAUACAGUGGUACCUCGAGUUACGAACUUAUUCAUUCCAGAAGGCUGUUCGAGUGCCAAUACCAAACGAAUUUGUUCCCAUAAGGAAUAAUGUAAAUUAGAUUAGUCCAUUUCAGACCUCCAAAAAUACACUUACAAAAGCACUUACAAAAAUAAACUUACAUAAUUGUUUGAGUUGGAAACUGUUUGAAACUCGAGGUACUACUUUAUAUACAUACACACACAUUCAUACACGUGCACACACAUAUAUAUAUAUAUACAUAUACAUGUACAAAUACAUUCAUGUUUUUUAACACGGUGACUGUCUCCCUCGAAAUCAGGUGCAGGGCGACCCAAAGAGAAAAACACAUUCACCGUAUAACUAUAUAAAAUAAAAAUACUGUGCCUGCACUCUGAAGGAAGGGUAUGGAUAUUACAGCUCAGAGGAUCAUUUGAACUGUCAUAUCUGUGCACUUCUGGAAAGACAGCUAUUGAAUGAAUGAUGGUGAAUGCUUAGGGGAACAAAAUUAAUUUCUGAAUUUCUCUCACCUCUUCUCUUCACUAUGUUCUAUAUUUUGGAAGGGGGUGGGGGCUAGAUAUUAUUUAAAUUUUUUGUGGAACUGACUAUUUCAAGGUGCCCAAUGACACCAAAUUUUCACCCUUACAAUAUGAAAAUUAUGUUUAUUAUAUAUUAUUGUUGUUAAUAUUUUUAUUUUUAUUAUUAUUAUUGUUAGUAUUUUUAUUAUUGAACCUUUUUUCUUUUCCUAAGACAAUAAAGAUUAAUUUCUU